AUGGUCUCGUUCAAGCUAGCAGCGAUUGCCCUCGCGGCAUCGCGAGCAGUGCAAGCUCAAAUCGACCUGCCCCCGGGGAUUGAGAUCGAGGACAUGGAAGAGAUCCCCUCCGAUGAAUCGAGACAGCAGACUCCCGCCCUCGCCGUCGAGAUCCGCACCUCCUUCCCACAGUCCGAGAUAUUUGGCGUCAAGCUCGUCAACGGCCACCCGACCCAGGCCGUGCUCGAUAUCACGAACAAGGAGCCAGCGCCCAUCACACUGCAAGUCGUGGGCGGGACCCUCACUACGCCCUUGGAUACCCCAGGGGCGCCUGAAGAGCCGCAGAUCGUGAGGAACUUGACAGCGCAGCGGUAUGGGGUGCUUAUCCCAGCGGGAGAGAGCGAGAGCGUGACAUACAGCUUCUCGACGGAGCUGCACCCGCAGGACCUGCGGUUGAACAUUGCGGCGGUCUUGCAACAAACUGAGGGCGCGGUGUUUACAAAGGUGGUCUUCAACGAGACGGUCAGUGUGGUGGAGGCGCCGAUGAGUAUAUUUGACCCGCAGAUCAUCUUCCUCUACCUCUUCCUCGCAGCCGCAUUCGGCGGCACCUGCUUCUUCAUCUACAACACCUGGAUCACGACGCUCUUCCCGCAGAAGCGCCGUGGCGGCAAGGGCGGCGAGCGGGCUAAGCGGUCGAGCGGCGGGAGCAAGAAGGUGGAUCCGGCGGACCAGACGAGCGUGGUGGGCGCUGAUGGGCCGGCGGUCACGACGGGCGCGAAGGCUUACGAUGAGAGCUGGAUCCCGGAGAGCCAUUUGAAGAGGCCAGAGGCGCGGAGGGUGGGGAGUGGGAGGCCGAAGAGUCGGGCUGCCUAG